AUGUUGCCAGCUGCAGCUGUAGCUGCACGUCUCCUACUACCAGUGUCAGUGUCAGUGGUUUACGUACUUUAUAAGUACUGGAGAUCUGGACGGCAAACAGAGAGCUGGGUUCCCCCAAAUCGCGGUAACAACGACGAUGUUCCCCCGAACUCCGGUAACAACGGCGUAGUUCCCCCAAAUUCCGUCGUUCGCCCGAAGUCCAGUAAGAACGACGUCGUUCCCUCUGAUGGCGAUCUUGCCAUCGUUGAAGAGAUUCUGAAAAAUGACCAUGUCUUCCUUGAUAAGAUUCGGACACUUAACCCCGCCGUCCUUGAUGAGCUUCUGAAAAUCGACCCCGUCGCCCUUGAUGCGCUUCUGAGAAUCGACCCCGCCGUUCUCCGCGACUCUGCUGAAUUGGAUCCUGCCAUCAUUGAUGCGAUUUGUGAACUGUCUGAGAAAGAGGAAGGUGACGAGGAGGCCGACUGGAGUUGUAGUCGGCCAGUAACUGAGAGCUCUCUAGUCAUCGGGGUUCCCACAAAUUCCGGUAACAACGACGUCGUUCCCUCAAAUUCCGGUAACAACGACGUCGUUCCCCCAAAUUCCGGUAACAACGACGUCGUUCCCCCAAAUUCCGGUAACAACGACGUCGUUCCCUGUCCUGAACUGUCUGAUCGCGAUCUUGCCAUCCUUGAAGAGAUUCUGAAAGAUGACCCUGACCUCCUUUAUGAGAUUCGGACACACGACCCCGCCGUUAUUAAUGAGCUUCGGAAAUUCGAUCCCGCCGUCCUCCGUGAGAUGGUGUUCGACUCUGCUGAGGUGGAUCCUACCAUCAUUGAUGCGAUUCGUAAAUUGUGUUUGAAACGAAAGGAGGAAGAUGAACAAGAGGCUAAGGGGAGUUGUAGUGGCCGAGAAACUGUAAGCGAAAACGAAAAUGGAAACGAGACACAGAGCCAAGAGAGGGAUGAGGAAAUAAGCAGAAGCCGUCAUUACCCAUUGAGGCCUGAAGCUCCAGACUGUUCGUAUUAUCUAAAGACUGGGACUUGUAAGUUUAGGUCCAAUUGCAAGUUUAAUCACCCUCGCACAACAACGAAAAACAAUCAGGAUUACUUCUGGUCAGGAGGACGUAAAGACGGAAGAGAUGGUAGUUUCAACCCCAGAAGCAGGGAACCUUCUGCAGCUCCAUUUGUAGAAAACUUUAUGGGCCUGCCAAUUCGUCCGGGGGAGAGAGACUGUCCCUACUAUAUGCGAAAUCUCUCCUGCGGGUAUGGUUUAAGCUGUAGGUUUAAUCACCCUGAUCCUACACCUGCAGGAGAAUCUGAACCCCCAUCUGGAUAUGGUAAUGGUGGACCUGCAUCAUUGCAAGGUGCAUCAUCAUCAACAGCAGCACAAUGGUCUGCUCCAAGAUCAUUGAACAAUGCUCCACUUAUAAUUCCACCAUCUCAAGGGAUUCCUUCCAGAAAUACAGAACACAAUGGUUAUCAGCAGCAGCAAGUUGAAGAGCUCCCACAACGACCUGGGCAACCUGUUUGCAUUUACUUCUCAGCAACAGGGGAUUGUAAGUUUAAAUCUAAUUGCAAAUAUCACCAUCCGAAAAAUCAGACUGCAAUGUCCCCCUCAUGUGCACUGAAUGACAAGGGCCUGCCUUUGAGACCAGGUCAGAACAUCUGCACACAAUACAGUACCUAUGGCAUUUGCAAUUCUGGGCCAGCUUGUAAAUUUGACCAUCCGUCAUUAUGA